AACGGUUAUCAGUCUUAAAUUCCACAGACAGGAUGUUGUUUUCGAAUUCUUACGGGUAAAAGAAAAAUCCGAAAUAACAAUUUUGCCUAAAUUUACGAAAUUAUGCACGUAUCGUUGUUUACAUAAAACGUAGUGAAUAGCCUAUUUAAAAAAAUAUUCGUGUCACCUUUAUUUAUACAGUGUGUGUGUGUUUAGCCUGGAGUGCAAGAUGGAAAAUCGACCAUCAUACAGGCAGACAGUGGCUGGAAAGGGCUCAACCAGCCACCACAAGUCAUCUGUAGCCGCCAAGCAACCACACAAGAAGCGAGUGUUCUCAACAUGUGCGGCCUUAGAUGGUGAAAUGUUGAAGAGGCUCAUCCAAAAAGAUGAGCAGCGGAGGAUCCAGGAGCAGCGAAACUCUAGAAAAGGUUGGCUGAGGGCAUGGGGUGCUCUGCAGGACUGGAUGCAUCAGCUGUUCAGGAUCAUUGUGGCCUUCACAGAAGACCCCAUGUUUGACAAGUUCAUCCUGUUUGUGGUGGUGCUCAACACAGGGACCCUGGUGGCCCAGACAUUUGAAAGUGUGACUGUGAGAGGAGGGUGGUUCUUCUCAGCUUUGGAUUCUGCUUUUCUGGCAAUCUAUUUAAUGGAAUGUGUGCUGAAAUUGCUUGUCUGGGGUCGACUCUACUUCAAAAACCCCUGGAAUGACCUGGACUUUCUCAUCAUUACGAUGAGCCUCAUUGACUUCCUACUGCCACUCAUUGAGUCUACAGGGAACUUCAGUGGAGGUCAGGCAUCCACAAUCUUCCGCAUCCUCAAGCUCUUCAAAGGGGUCCGGGCCAUCCGAGCGUUCCGGGUCUUGCAUACCAUCCGCUUUCUCCAAAAUUUCCAGUCCAUCGUGUCCACCUGUCUCCAGUCUCUCCAGUCCAUGGGGGCCAUCAUCAUCCUCAUGUUCACAUUCCUCUUCAUGUUCGCUGUCAUUUUCCGAGAGAUGUUCAAUGAGUCUGACCCGCAUCGCUUUGGCACCAUGUUUCGGACAAUUUUCACUCUGUUCCAGCUGCUCACGCUGGAUGACUGGGCUUUCAUCUACUCUACCAGCCGAGACAACGGUGCACCUCAUAUUAUCAUCUUCCUUGUCCUGUACAUUGUGGUGGAAUACUUCACUUUCCUCAAUCUAUUCAUUGCUGUCCUUGUCGACAACUUCCAGAUGACAAUCAAGAGACGGAUGGCGUCAAAGAUCCAAAAGUUCCAGGAUGUAUAUGAGAGCGAGAUGCAGUCAAUGAAGAAGUUAGAGCCCCAGCCCAUUGAACCACAGACUGAUGAGGAGUUCUAUGAAGAGGCCCUCAAAUUGACCUAUAGUGAAAAUAAGUAUGGAAAGAGGGAAAUAGAGCUGAUCACCAGCUACCUCAGACUGCUGGCAUCCAUAGAUCAGAACCAGCAGACGUUUCGCUCCCAGGGCUGUGUUCUGGAGCGCCUCAUUGACACCUUCUUUGAGGCAACAGAGGACGACAGUCAGGGGAAUGACCACGAAUAGGGGAAAUAAGAAGGGUCAAACUUAGUAAAGAAACCCUUAUUUCUUUCUCCAGAUCAGUGAUGGCAACUCAGAUUUUAUCCUUUGAGAACUCAUUAAAGUCAUGAAACCCAG